UUUUCAGGGAGCUUCGGAGAGGCGUGGGAAGGUCCCGGGCGCGUGGGCAGUUCCUCCAGCGAUCUAGCUCGGGAAUCGGCCCGAGCCGGCGUCUCCAAUGGUCCUGAGGGAAGAAGGGAAGGAACCCCAUCCACAAGACACCACCGCAGCCUCUGCAUCUAGGAGGAAGCAACAGACCAGUGAGCCACGCCAAUGGCACCCCCUGGCCUGCCGCUAUGGCUGCUGUCCACUGCUCUCCUGUCUCUGCUGGCUGGAAGCUCAGCCUUCCUGUCCCAUCCUCGCCUGAAAGGCCGCUUCCAGAGGGACCGCAGGAACAUCCGGCCCAACAUCAUCUUGGUGCUCACGGAUGACCAGGACGUGGAGCUGGGCUCCAUGCAAGUGAUGAACAAGACAAGGCGUAUUAUGGAGCAGGGUGGGGCACACUUCAUCAACGCCUUCGUGACUACGCCCAUGUGCUGCCCUUCUCGCUCCUCCAUCCUCACGGGCAAGUACGUCCACAAUCACAACACCUACACCAACAACGAGAACUGCUCCUCGCCCUCCUGGCAGGCACAGCACGAGAGCCGCACCUUCGCCGUGUACCUCAACAGCACAGGCUACCGGACAGCUUUCUUUGGGAAAUACCUCAAUGAGUACAACGGCUCCUACGUGCCGCCGGGCUGGAAGGAGUGGGUCGGACUGCUUAAGAACUCCAGGUUUUAUAACUACACACUCUGCAGGAACGGGGUGAAGGAGAAGCAUGGCUCCGACUACUCCACGGAUUACCUCACGGACCUCAUCACCAACGACAGCGUGAGCUUCUUCCGCACAUCCAAGAAGAUGUACCCACACAGGCCCGUGCUCAUGGUCAUUAGCCAUGCAGCUCCCCAUGGCCCCGAAGACUCAGCCCCCCAGUACUCACGCCUCUUCCCCAAUGCGUCCCAGCACAUUGUUCCCCUUUUACAGAUUUACGACAUGCUGGUGGAGACUGGCGAGCUGGAUAACACUUACAUCGUGUACACCGCCGACCACGGCUACCACAUUGGCCAGUUUGGCCUGGUGAAGGGCAAGUCCAUGCCCUAUGAGUUCGACAUCAGGGUCCCGUUCUAUGUGAGGGGCCCCAACGUGGAGGCCGGCUCUCUGAAUCCUCACAUCGUCCUCAACAUUGACCUGGCCCCCACCAUACUGGAUAUCGCCGGGCUGGACAUCCCCGCAGACAUGGAUGGGAAGUCUAUCCUCAAGCUAUUGGACUCAGAGCGGCCAAUGAACCGGUUCCACUUGAAAAAGAAGCUGAGGGUCUGGCGAGACUCCUUCCUGGUGGAGAGAGGCAAACUGCUCCACAAGAGAGACAGUGACAAAGUGGAUGCCCAGGAGGAGAACUUCCUGCCCAAGUACCAGCGUGUGAAGGACCUAUGCCAGCGCGCCGAGUACCAGACAGCUUGUGAGCAGCUGGGGCAGAAGUGGCAGUGUGUGGAAGAUGCUUCCGGGACGCUGAAGCUGCACAAGUGUAAGGGCCCCACGCGGUUUGGUGGCGGCGGCGGCAGAGCCAUCUCCAACCUGGUGCCCAAGUACUACGGGCAGAGCCGCGAGGCCUGCAGCUGUGACGGUGGCGGAGACUACAAACUGGGCCUGGCUGGACGCCGCAAACUCUUUAAGAAAAAGUACAAGACCAGCUAUGCUCGUAACCGCUCCAUCCGUUCCGUGGCCAUUGAGGUGGAUGGUGAGGUAUACCACGUAGGCUUGGACAGCGUGCCCCAGCCCCGGAACCUUACCAAGCGGCACUGGCCAGGGGCCCCAGAAGACCAGGAUGACAAGGACAGUGGCAGCUUCAGUGGUACUGGCGGUCUUCCAGACAAUUCCGCCCCCAAUCCCAUUAAAGUGACCCAUCGGUGCUACAUCCUCGAGAACGACACAGUCCAGUGUGACUUAGACCUGUACAAGUCCCUGCAGGCUUGGAAAGACCACAAGCUGCACAUCGACCAUGAGAUUGAAACCCUGCAGAACAAAAUUAAGAACCUGCGAGAGGUCAGAGGUCACCUGAAGAAGAAGCGGCCAGAAGAAUGUGACUGCCAUAAACUCAGUUACCACACCCAGCACAAAGGCCGCCUCAAGCACAAAGGCUCCAGCCUGCACCCUUUCAGGAAAGGACUGCAGGAGAAGGACAAGGUGUGGCUGCUGCGGGAGCAGAAACGGAAGAAGAAACUGCGCAAGCUACUCAAGCGGCUGCAGAACAAUGACACGUGCAGCAUGCCAGGCCUCACGUGCUUCACCCACGACAACCACCACUGGCAGACCGCGCCUCUCUGGACGCUGGGGCCCUUCUGUGCCUGCACCAGCGCCAACAAUAACACAUACUGGUGCUUGAGGACCAUCAACGAGACCCACAACUUCCUCUUCUGUGAAUUCGCGACUGGCUUCAUAGAAUACUUUGACCUCAGUACAGACCCUUACCAGCUGAUGAACGCAGUGAACACGCUGGACAGGGAUGUCCUCAAUCAACUGCACGUGCAGCUCAUGGAGCUGAGAAGCUGCAAAGGUUACAAGCAGUGCAACCCCCGGACCCGAAACAUGGACCUGGGACUCAAAGAUGGAGGAAGCUAUGAGCAAUACAGGCAGUUUCAGCGUCGAAAAUGGCCAGAAAUGAAGAGACCUUCUUCCAAAUCACUGGGACAGCUUUGGGAAGGCUGGGAAGGUUAAGCGGCCAUAGAGAGGAACCUCCAAAACCAGAGGCCUUGUGUGGCUGUCCAGGCUGUGCGAAAAACACAUGAUUCCCAGUGCUGGAACUGGGAGGCCUGACAGGAGGCAGGGCCUGCUCUCUUGGGACAUGAAAUCCUUGAGGACUGCGCCCAGACUUCCCCGGGCCCAUUUUUUUUUUGCCCUGCUUUGCUUUGGAUUGAACUUCACCAGCUGCUCAGAAAACAAACAUUCUCACGUCUGGAAUCUGUCAGCCCUCUCGGAGGCUAGGACGGACAACAGGACUGAUUUCCAUGGAUCUCCUCCAGGGAUGAAAGUUGCUGGGAUUUUUUUUUUUUGUAAGUCGUAUAAGAAAACAAUCUUGUUUUAACCUUCUUAUUCUUUGGAGAAAGCACGAACAUGGGCAACCCCGGGUGCUGCCGGCAAGGCAGUCUGGCCAUGAGUCAAUAGCACAAAAGCAGCCCCAUUCACCUGGCCGGAUGACCCGCUGCCUCUGAAGCUGCCUUCACUGUACAUAUGUGACUGCUCACAUGUAACCAACACAGGGACUUUAGGGGAAUCUCACUAAUACAAAAUCCCAUUCUCAAGAGUCGUGGUGUCAAUAAACGCUCUGUGGCCAGUGUCAACAAAAAUCCCUCGAGCUUGUGGACAUUUCUGUUCCCACCCAGGAUCCAUUCCUUUGUUAUCCAGCCCAGAAUUCACAUUUUCUAAGGUACUGAACACCCAAAGCUGAUGUGUGUCCUGUGUUUUAAUGACAUUGUAUUUGUAAAGAAAUUUUGUAGUAUAAGCACCAUUUUACAGUGUUCAUACCCCCAGCCAAUGACUAGCUACUGGUAUGAAAAAAAUCUUUGAAUUUUUGUAAAAGGUUAUGUUGGG